AUGAUGAGCAGAAUAUCAUUCAUUUUGCUUCUCGCCAUAGUCAGUCUUGUUGAUGGUCAAACUGAGAACAACCGAGUCUGUGAUGAUGACAUGCGGCCACUCAUUGUCAUAUCGCUUCCGCUCAAGGCUGACAACACCAACUCUGUUGAGUUCAGAUUUCAAUUCAUCCGACCUCCUCUCACCUUUAUCCUGAGCAUCCAGAUCGAAUCCUUGACAACAGGCAGCAAAUUGAACCGCCAAGUCCUUAUCACUGCAUCCGACAACUUCAGCAUGACAAGUUUUUUUGAACCUGACGAUUGGAGAUUGACUGCAUCCAUCCUUUCUGAAGGAACCUUGCUGCAAGCGAACAGCAGCAGGUUCACCGUCGGGCUUCCGCGAUAUGCCGAGCACGUGGGUGGAGCUUACCUGCGCUUCGGUGAUGGCGACAUCAGCGCAGCGUACCAUGGGACCGAUGAGAUGCAGACGCCAGACAAGAACUUGAGCCGAGAGAUCCAAGCGGCGUUGGGUAUGCAGGUGACAUUCGGCUCGCUGAUCAUUUUAACUGCAAGCCGGGCUGUCUACUCAAAUUGCGCUCUUGCACAUGCAGCUUCAACCUACGAGAGCAUCGCCUUGGACUUCCUUGAGACUCUCCGAGCGUCGAAGCCCUCGUUGUUCAUCGGGAAUGAGCAUAUCGACGUCGAUCUCUUGGAUAUUCUUUUCGGCCCUCAGUGCGUGCAUGUCAAAGUGCCUUCGAGCAACGCUUACUCCUCCAUCGACUCGAUCGAGCGCGAAGCUAGAGAUGUGCUCGCAAGUGGAGAAUCGUCAACGUUCAGGACCGUCGUACUUGCCCUGGGUGUCUCUACUUCGGCUCUUCAGUAUCGCUUGCGAAAUCUGGAGAACCUCUUCUUGUUUGACUUUGGGAGUCUGUUGGACGCGCUGGCGAAGUGGAGAACAAGGGGAAACACGCCGACGAUAAUGCCCCCUGCGUGGAUCAAGAUCUCAGGUUUCAACGCCAAUGAAUUUCUCAAGGCAUUCUGUGCCAGAAUAGGAAACAUCGACGUCACUUGCAAGAGGUACAUUGCUGCUGUUGCUGCGCGGCACCUUUCGAACCUGUCGAAACCAUAA